UCAAAGCCUAAACAUAUGAGAAAUGUUGCAGAGUAUAUAAAGGCCAUUUUCCACCAGCCAUCUACCAGUGCAGACCAACAGGAGCACACUGACAAGACAAGCACAAUGGGAAAGAUCAUCUUCUACGAGGACAAGAACUUCCAGGGUCGCUCGUACGAGUGUAGCGCUGAAUGUCCCGACCUGUCCUCAUACUUCAGACGCUGCAACUCCAUCCGUGUGGAUAGUGGGAACUGGAUCCUGUAUGAGCUCCCCAACUACAGAGGACACCAGUACUUCCUCCAUAGAGGAGAGUAUCCUGACUUCCAGCAAUGGAUGGGCUACAAUGACUCCAUUAAGUCUUGCCGUCUGAGCCCCCAGCACCAAGGUUCCUUCAGAAUCAGGAUCUACGAGAGAGAAGAGUUCAGAGGUCAGAUGAUGGAGUUCACUGAGGAUUGUCCUCAUGUCAAUGAGAGAUUCCGCUACAAUGACAUCCACUCCGUCCAAGUCCAAGAUGGCUUCUGGAUGUUCUAUGAGGAGCCCAACUACAGAGGACGUCAGUAUUACCUGAGACCUGGAGAGUACAGGAGAUACAGCGACUGGGGAGCCGCAAGCCCCAGAAUUGGGUCCUUCAGACGUCUUCAUCAUUCUUUUUAAAUGUAUAAAAACAUUUUAAGUUUUCUGCUUGACAAUAAACUUGAUAAAGACA